GCUGACCCAUUCACCGCAGAACAAAACAAUCCGCGACUGACAGGUGAGCUUUGUCCUUGCCAGUGGGUGGUGCUUUUCUGCAAACAUAUUUACUGUGGGGAAGGAUUUCAAUUAAAUUAAACCGACGUAAUUUGAAUUGCUGGCGACGUAUUCUCUUGUGUGUUUUUCUGCGAUUCUCGGUUCGGGAUGUCCACCAAGCUUGCCUCCAGCAUCAGGAGCACCCAAUGGCAACUUCAGAGACAGCCACUUUUAUAUUCUACCUGCCGAGGAUUGUUUGAUUUUACUCCCAUCACCAACACGAGACGAGAAUUCAAGCAGAAAAAAUUAGCAGGUUAUUCCAUGGAACAACUCUACGACGUGGUAUCUGACGUCGAGAAAUACAACACCUUCGUUCCGUUCUGCAAAAAAUCCCACGUGUACGCCAAGAAGCCCGGCUCCUUGAAAGCAGACCUCAUCAUUGGUUUCCCCCCACUGAACGAAAGCUACACCUCGAACGUGACACUCGUGCGGCCCACCCUGGUCAAGGCCGAAUGCGUCGACGGAAGACUCUUCAACUAUCUGCUCACAGCGUGGCAGUUCAGCCCGGGUCUGAAGGACAUUCCCCAGUCCUGCGUGAUUGAUUUCAUGGUGACUUUCGAGUUCAAGUCGGCGCUUCACUCGCAGCUGUCUAACCUGUUCUUCGACCAGCUGGUCAAGCAGAUGGAAUACGCGUUCAUCCAGGAAGCGUGCCACCGCUAUGGCGGACCAUCAAUCAAAAGUCACGUUCUGGUGUCGAAUACUUCGUGACGCGGCCGUUGAAGUGUUAUGUUAUUUGACAACUGAAACUUUUACUCAUAUUUGUUAGCCUGUUUUACAAGUACCUAAUGUGUUAUAAAGAAUUGUUUUUGUAUAUACCUUGUGUAUUUAUGUAUCCCGCGAUGUAAUUAAACAGGUACCGUAGGUGAAAAGGAUUGCAUGGUUCCAGCGAUGAAGGCAUAUUUAAAGUAAAUUUCAGAUAUUUAUUGAGCAGCCGAAUGAAUCGAAAGAUAACGAUUUACUAAAGAUGUGCAAUUAGUACCUCGGAGAAAAUUGUGGAGGAAGAAAUGUACACAGUUUUAUCAAAGUCUAGGUCGCGAAAUAGACCAGCUAUAUUGGACAAAAUCACGAAAGUAGGUAGAAUGAUGAAUAAUAAAAUAACGGAUGAAA